CAAGUGCACCACGCUCGCCAACUUCGGUAUGGAAAAAGAUUAGACGAGCAGCAGGGUACUGCGCGUUUAGAAUGCCAAGUGUGUGUGCAUAAACCGUGCUUUCAGUUGCAAGAUUAGUUACCCUGAUUUUCCACUCAUCAUCAUGCUCGUUAGCUCUUUAUCGUAAGUCUAAGUAGUUGUGGCGCCAUCGUUACUCUUCCGCCAUCAAGCACAUUUUUUCUCGCGGCGGAAAACGAAAGCCAUGUUGAGGCGCGCGCUUGAUCAUGGUCGCCGAUCGAACGGGGGCCAGAUCCAGAUCGACGCAAGGCGCCAUAUCAGAAGCCUGCGGAGCCUCUUGGAGAGCGAUAAAUCGCAUCUGGUGCGGGGUAGAAAUUGGAACUUCGUCACGUGCAACUCCGACACUUCUUGCGGAUCAUCUCAUUCGGCGUCGUCCAUGUCUACAUCCUCUAGUUCAACACGGCAGCACUGCGCGCACGACGCCCCGAGGAGAAGCUAUUGUUCUAGUUUGAGCAUACCUGCUCUAAGUUGUAUCGCUGCCACCAGUACAACAUCCAGGGAGUUACCGCCAGAUGCUGCUUCAAUACAUUUACCGCCUCCGCGACUUGUGAGUCAAAGAACCCAUAAGAAACCAGGACGACCACACUCACGCCUAUUCAGCGCAGCGAGUGAAGGGGGGAAGCAACAAAACCAAGAAGACGCUGCGUCGUCCGCAAGGACUGACCAUGCUUCCGGGAGCACCAGCCAAGGAAAUAAUCCGAAUGCAAACAACUACCAGCAACAGCCCCCGGAGGAGCCGAAACAGGAGCCGCCACCUACCGAAGAGGAGGAAGCAGAGCGCAGAAGGGCGUUUGAAGAGGAGUUGCAGAAUUUGAGCAACCAGAUCUUGCUCGUUCUGGGAUCGCUCUCGUUAGGAUUCAUGACCCUGCGGUUCUUCGUGCCGCGGUUUGGCAUCGGCGCGUUAUUCGCGGCGGCGACCUUCGUCGGCUGCGUCGCCAGCGUCCUGCAGGGAACGGUCCUGUGGCCGGUGUACAUCGCGCCGGCCGCCUUCGUCGCACAUCAGGGGUAGUAACAUAUACUAGCGAGAAUGUGAAUGUGAAUGAAGCGCUACAUCACUUUAGUACUCCUUCUGCAUCGAGUGACUGGAGGAUGUAGAAUACGCAUUGUUGUGGUGGACCAGCUGAUGUUUCUGCAACACUAUGUUGUAGUUCUAGUUUUGCAAAUAGAAAUACACGUAAAAGCUAUCCCCACACCUCCAGGUUCCUCUACGUGGAGGCGCUGCGUGUGCAGACUCUGAUGGCGGAGAUGUACGCGGAAUUGGAGUCUCGCGGCGUGGAACGUCGGCCGGAGGACGUGUUUCACGGGGAAAACUACGAAACGAACAAGUACAAGCUCACCCUGCGGCAGCAGUCAGCCCCACACAAAACGUACGUGAUAAGGGUGUCCCGGCCCAGCAAAUUUCACACCUGGCGCAUGGACACGAUUGACGAAAUGGUCACGUCCACAAGAACGGUAGAGAUUUUUCGAGGGAGAUAGAUGAAGUACGAUUUUGAAACGAUGAAAAGAAAACUCGUGUGAGUCGCAGAUGAAAUAACCGCACGAACACGUCACUUACGGUGACGCUCAACGCCGGAAUGUGAAUGGCAAGC